AUGGCCACAGACGAUGCGGCCGUCACUGCGGAUAGUGCGCAUAAGCCGACGCUCAUCUGCCAGGUUGUUGGAGAUGGCAGCUUCAUGUGCGCGGCACCUUCGAGCGCGUUGUGGGUCGGUGCCAAGUACAAAAUAUCCAUCCUCACGAUCGUACUCAACAAUGGUGGCUUCAAGGCUCCCAAGAACUCAACCGCCUUGGUAUAUCCCGAUGGAUUGAAUCAGGGAGCGACUGAUGAAGAGAUGAAUAUCUCCUUCAGACCAUCUCCAAACUAUGCAGCACUCGCAGAAGCAGCUGCUGGAAGCCAGAGUUCGAACGCCUCGACGCAGGAUCUGGAUCAGUAA